UGAAAUGCCAUUUGUCUGAUACAUGUACACAUGUAUUUACGGUGGUGUAAACCCUCAUGCUUGCACUCGCUAGUCGCAGAGGUAGAUCAGUAGAACACUACAGUCACGCGCGUUGAUACCAUUGAAAGAAGACUUGCCUACAUGACCUGUGAUCUCUAUGUUCUCCAGUAAUACACGUAGCUGCCUGUUAUGUACAUGUAGCAGCUUUUCCACUAGAGUCACAGCGCUUGGACUGGAUGCCAUCACUUGUUCAGCGUUCGGGUUUAAAUAUAUACAUGCUUCCAGACGGUGACAGUGUGAGUUAAGUGACUUAAUGCAUAUGGUUUCAGAGUAGACAUGUCUUAUCUUUAAAUCGGUCUACUGUUGGUGCUUACUUCAGAUGAGGAAGGAUCUAGCGAAGAAUUUGUGAGUAGUUGAGGAGACAACUGACAACAGUACUACUGCAUUGCCGUCUAGUUUGUUGUUGAUAUGAGUGGUCGUAUACAGUACUGAUACGGACAACGCUAGACACGUGCGCUGUGUAGUAGAGCGUCCCACUAUCUAAGAUACUCCUCAUUGUACAUACUUCGUAGUAGGUUCAUGCUUAUGUGGUCGGCUGUUGUUGUUUCUUGUUGACAUCUUUGAGGUACGAUGGAGUGGAUAGAUACUGAGAGGGGAGGACUGAAGCUAUUGCUUGAUGGGUUCAUUUACGUGAGGAAGAAGGACCUGGCUAAUGGAUGGGAGAGCUUCGAGUGUGAAUUAAGAAGAAAUCGUAACGAGUGCAAGGCCAGGGUCAAGGUGUUAGGUGCCGACGAAUUCCGAGACAAGACAGAACACAACCAUCCUCCCGACCAUGGUAAAGCCGACGCUUACAAACUAAAGGCUGCGAUGAAGAGAAGGGCAGUCUCAACAGACGAAAGUCCCCAGCAGAUCCUGAUGGCCACCCUGCCCCAGGCUACAGAUGAAGGUGUUAUGGCUCUCCCAGGACCCACCAACAUGCGGAGGAUCAUCAGGAGGCAACGCCAAGACCAUCGGCAUUCCUUGGCGAUGAGGAAUUCAAUGAUCCCUGAAAUUAUUGGAGAUCAGAGACCACCUUUGGAAACAAGAGAAAGUCUGCUGGUACUUCCGGGAAUUGACAGCGUGUGCCAAGAUGAUCAGGAACCCUUGGCGAUUAGGAAUGCAGAGGCCCUUGCAGUUCCCCUUGAAGAUCAGCGAUCAUCUCUGGCUACAGAAGAAGGUCCAAUGGCACCUCUAGGUGUGGUGUGCCAAGACGUUGCGGAAGAUUUAUUGAUUGGGAACUCAGAGGACCUAGGAAAUCCCGGAGACCACAGAUCACCUUUCGAUUUAGACAAGGGUCUGGAGGCACGGCCAGGACUCGACAAUGUCCAGCAGGACGAACAGGAAAUAAUGAUGAUUAGGAAUUCAGAAAACUCAAAUGUGUCUGAAGAUAGGACGCCAUCAACGGCUACAGAAGAAGAUCCGACGGACCUGCCAGGACUCGACAGCAGCAGGAAGCAAGAAAACAAUCCUGAAGCAUUGUCUGCAAUGGGGAACAGUGGCGACCAAGGACUGGGGAACAGUGGCCACCAAGGACUGGGGAACAGUAGUGGUCAACGUCUAGGGAACAGUGGCGGUCAAGGACCAAACGAGAGUCCUGGAAUUGUGAGACGACCGUUCUUUUCUACCUUGCUCAAGCAGAAGCGUUCCUUCGGCCACAGAACGACCGGCCCACGAGCUAAAGUACCUACCGGCUCCAUGGGAACAGCCCAAACCUUCUGUGACCAAUCCUCCAUUGUCAAUGAACCAGGAGGAACUGGACAUUCCUCAGAAACUGUGAUCGUGUCAGACUGCACAUAAGACUGCUGGGUUUUUACUGUCUGAAACUGUCUGGAAGUGAUACCCUUCCGGGGGAUUUUGUUGCACAUCAGAAUUGAUGUAUUCUGUGAGGUUUUAAAAUCACCAAAAUGAAGAAGAAAAAAAAACCCACAUUGUUACAGUCAUAUGGUUCACAUCAAAAUGUGUAUAUUGGACUACACAAACAUGUGGCAUGAAAGCUUAGUCCAAACACUUCAACUAUUUUUGUAUUACGUUUCGAAUAUGGCGGCAUUUGAAUAGCCAUUCUUUCAGGGCACAUUUAUUAUACGACGCUCUUCCACACUAACAUUUUAAUAAGAAUGAAACAGCUUACAAAUUAUUUUUCACUUUCCCGAAACUGAACUUUUACUUCGGGCGAAAGGCUUUAAAUUAUGCAAAUGCAGUCUGGUCCCUGAUGCUUUUUAGAGAUACAGUGGCGUAUCCAUCCAAUGAAAGAUCGGAAGUACAAGACAUUAAUCUACAAUUGCCACUCUACAUCCAGGUGUUAAAAUGCCCCCUCUUCCUAGAACCGACUUGCAUACGACAUGGGUUUUUGUUAGUUUGUUAAAGUCCUGAUUUUUAAAUAAGUCAGUAAAUACUGUAAGGGCCAUUACCCAAAGUCCCAAACCCACCACAUUGUCGUCCAUUGUUGGUAUCUAGCGUUUUCCAUGAAUCUUAGGCGUAUAAUACUUCUGUUUAAACCGUUUUGAGCUUUGAAUGGUUUGUGGUAAUUUAUUUCUUUACAUUUCAAUGUAGUCGAUAAAGUAUGUAAUUGCUUCCACAUGUACCUGAGAAUAAUUCAAUAAAAAAAGUUUUUAUGAAAAGAA